AUUUAAAGCACUUUUUGGGCGUUUACGCCAGUUGGCACCAAGUGCAAUCGCACUGGCAAAUCACGUCCCUCCUGGAUACCUAGGUACUGCUGAAAUUGAAUCAGUGCACUUUAACAAUGCACAUUUGCGCGCAGCUCUGCAGCAGUUCAGAAUUCGAAGGAGAUCAAUCCUAAGGCUACAUAAUCAUAGCGGCGCAAAGAAUCUCCGUUCUCUUCAUCCUUCUCAGUGGCUCCAGAUUCCAACCACCAUUCCCUAGCUUGUAACAGAAUGUAGUUCUGACCAGUCAUCUGAUGAUUCCUUGAAAAUCCUUUACCCGUUCAGAAGCUUUAGAGCUAAAGACUACCCGCAGACCAGCACUCCCCAAUCCUUUUUUCGCAGUACUUCCUUUUGCUCGUCUCCAUGGCAUGUGCACAUAAUCAUGACUGCGAGGACAGCAAUUGUGCAGCAGAUUGGUCUUUGUACAAGAAUGUGGACUUACCGAAGGUGCGAGCUUUGAACGAACAAACGGAAGGAUCCGUGAAGACGGUUCUGAAACCCUGGGAUCAGAGACUGGACUUUGGAACAAUCCUCGAAAGUAACCCGGAAGAUCCAGAGCUGCUUGUUGUCAUUCCGUUCAUAUCUGACAUCAAAUUGAAGGGCAUUUGCAUUAUUGGUGGGGCAGAUGGUACGUCGCCGACAAGGAUGCGUGCGUUCACCAAUCGAGAAGACAUCGACUUCUCCAAUGUCAAUGACCUCACGCCUGUCCAGGAAUGGGAACUAGCAGAGAACGUGAAUGGCGAGCUGGAAUAUCAGACAAGAUUUGCCCGGUUUCAAGGUGUCUCAACGCUCAUUCUUCACUUUCCGGCCAGCAUAUCCGGGGAUCAGACUCGAGUACACUUCAUCGGUCUCAAGGGCGAAGCGACACAGCUGCAACGGGACAAGGUCGUGAACGUCGUCUACGAGGUGACACCCCAGCCACAAGAUCACAAGAUGCCCACUGAAAAUCAGGCUCCCUCGAUUCUGUGAGUAUGGUUGUUAGGUACGGUAGCAGUGAAGCCCAGUUUCGAUUGUUCAUACGGAGCUUCAUUUGGGCAACAAACUUCUGACGAGAGUUAGUCACGUAAUCACGUUUGAAAUGAACGGCUCUCUUCGAUUAGAAUGUAGGUGAGAUAAGGUGAUGGCAAAGCGGAUAGUCUGCUUCAGGAAUACUUCAAGCUCCGUAGUUACAUCAAUGCUCUAAAUGUAUAUACAUCAUUGCUCUAAAUGUAUAUACAUCAUCAACUUGGGCACCUUGACAAUCAAGUCAAAUCAAAUGCUUCUGUUCGUGUCAGC